AUGGCGUCGACAUCGUCAACAGCCCUGUCGAGCAACCAGAACCAGCGGAAGAAGGUGUUGAGGGUGAUUUUCAUCUCUCUUCUCUUGGACUUGAUCUCCUUCACCUUCAUCCUCCCCCUCUUCCCCUCCCUGCUCAACUUCUACCGACAGCGCGACCCCUCGCCAACCUCCCUCCUGAACCGCAUCUUCCACUACCUCAACACCUACAAGAACGCCUUCGCCAAGCCGAUCGAUUCCCGCUAUGAUAUCGUCCUGCUGGGCGGCGCGCUGGGCUCGCUCUUCUCGUUGCUGCAGGCCAUCGCCGCGCCGGUCAUCGGCCGUCUCUCUGACCAGCACGGUCGCCGCACGGCGCUGCUGUGGUCCAUGGCCGGCAACAUCCUCAGCGUGGCGCUGUGGGUGGCCGCGACGGAUUUCCGCACUUUCCUCGCCAGUCGCAUCGUCGGCGGCCUGAGCGAGGGCAACGUCCAGCUUGCCAAUGCGAUCGCGACGGAUAUCAGCGAUGAGAGCCAGCGCGGCUCGACUAUGGCCAUGGUGGGCGCCUGCUUCAGCAUCGCCUUCACCUGUGGCCCGGCGCUGGGGGCCGCGCUGGCGAACAUCACCACCAUCGCUGCGAACCCGUUCGCGACCGCCGCGGGCUUCUCGCUGUUUUUGAUCGUCCUGGAGACGCUGUAUCUGUAUCUGUAUCUGCCCGAGACGCAUCCAAAGCUUGUCCGGCGGGAAGACAAGGCUUCGAAAGAGGAACCUGCCACUUCGAACGAUGCACCCGAAAGCAAAAACCAACGCCAAAGCACGACCAAACAAACGACCUCCGGCAAGAAAGACCGACAGUAUACAAACCACCCCGCCCUGCUGAACCUGGUGCAUCUGCUCUUCCUCCUCCCCUUCUCAGGCAUGGAGUUCUCCCUCCCCUUCCUGACCGCGACUCUGGUCGACGAGACCAACAAGACGAUAAACCCGUCCGCCCUGAACGGGCGCAUCCUCUCGGUCAUGGGCCUGAUCGCCUCGCUCCUCCAAGGCACAGUCGUGCGCCGCCUCCCUCCGCUACUGACGAUCCGCAUCGGCGUCCUCUCCUGCACGAUGGCAUUCUUCCUCCUGGGAAGAAUCACCUCCCUGUCCGGCCUCUACGCCGCAGCAUGUUUCCUGGCCGUCACCAGCGCCACCGUCGUCACGGGCCUCAACAGCCUGGGCAGUUUCGAGGCCGACGAAAGCGAGCGCGGCGUCGUCCUCGGCCGUCUGCGCAGCUGGGGCCAGGUCGGCCGCGCGGCGGGACCCGUCGUCUUCUGCUCGUUUUUCUGGUGGGUGGGGAGAGAGGUCGCGUAUACGGCUGGCGGGGUGGUGAUGUUGGGCGUGUGCGCGAUUGUGUUUGGGGGGUUGAGGACUCCUGUCAGGAGGAAGACUGACUAG